GGGAACGUGCCCGGGGGAGGCGCCCCCUCGGUCCUCAGCAGUGUCACAUCUCUACUUCCAACUAUACUUCACCAGCCAGCGAGGACUCUCACUUACUGUAGCUUACGGAAGGGGAAAAGGAAAACGGUGAAAGCUGUCGUCGAGAGGUUUCUUCGGCUGCACAAUGGCCUUUGGGUUAGGAGGAAGGCUGGUUAUAAGAAGAGGCUGUGGAAGAAGUCAGCCGCCCAGAGGAAGCGCUUGAGAGAGCUGACGUUGUGCACUAGGACGCAGUGUAAACUCCUUGAUAAAAUGACCACUUCUUUCUGGAAAAGAAGAAACUGCGUUUAUUCCGAUGGAACACUUUUUGCCCUUCUUACCCAUUGCAAAAUACGAUUGGAUUAG